AUGUCUGGGCUGAAUCUUUCUCAAGUUCCAAAGAAACCAAGAGAAUGGCCUUCAAGCAGGAGUGGCAGUUCUGCCAAUAAGAACAAGAAUCGAGUUGCGACAAGACGCAAGCAUCAAGAAAGAGAAUUGAAACCGUUGAAGAACAAGUUAAAAUUUGGUAUUCGUACCAAAGAAGGAAAUCGCAGUACUAGAGACAGUAAAGCUAUCCUUGAAGCAAAGCACAAUCUAUGUGUCCAACAGAUUAGGAAUGAGAUGAAAGCUGAUUAUGAAGAGCACAACGCUUUUCUGAUCGCUCGUUGCAUGAUGCAGAUCAAGGCAAAGUUUGAUACUGAUGAAGGACGAAAGAUACACAGAUAUCUUGGAAUGACUUUGGAUUUCUUGGUGAAAGGAAAACUUAAGAUCCUGUUGGAAGAUUUUCCUAUCAAGUUCAACAAGGAUUCAAAGCAGAAAACACCAGCUGGUAACGAUUUACUGGAAGCUGGUAAAGGGAAGUUACUUAGUGCUGAGUACCCUCAGAUAUUUUGUACUACUGUUGCAAGGGGACUUUAUGUCUCUAAGAGAGCUCGUUUGGAUAUCCAUCCAAAGAUUACUAUUCUUGCCUCGAGAGUUCGAGAAAAUCAAGUUGAGAAAGGAAAUGUUAAGAUCGAAUACUGUCCAACUGACAAUAUGAUUGCGGAUUUCAUGACUAAGCCAUUGCAAGGUGAGAAGUUUCGCAAGUUCAGGGAUCUGAUUCUUGGUCCACAGGAAUAG